AUGCGGCAUCUGCCCGAAGAUGGAGAGGCUGAGCAUAGCUACAAGGUCUGCCUACUUCCGAAGGCUUUCCUUAUCGUCUCCGAUCCAACUGUCGUCCGGCACAUUCUUUCAGAGAAUGCCCUCAAGUACGACAAAGGGAUCUUGGCUGACAUCUUGGAGCCAAUCAUGGGGAAGGGGCUGAUCCCAGCCGAUCUGCCCACCUGGCAGCCGAGGAGACGAGCGGUGGUUCCAGGGUUCCACAGCUCGUGGUUGCAGAGCAUGAUGGCAGUGGGGCUCUUCUCUCGGUGCUCUGACAGGAUGGUAGGAGCUCUGAAGGAGAGCAUGCAGAGAGGUAUGGGGCCGAUGAGUUCUUGCUGGAGAACUCAAGAGCGAGCAGGAGAGGAGGUAGAUCUCGAGAGCAUGUACAGCAGCGUCGCACUGGAUAUCAUCGGAGAAGCAGUCUUCAACUUCAAGUUCCUCUCUGUGCAGCGGAAAAGCCCUGUGAUCGACGCGGUCUACAACCUGAUGCAAGAAGCGGAGCACAGAUCUUUUUUCCUCCUUCCGUACUGGAAGGUUCCUGUGCUGGGGUUCCGGUUCCUCGGCCUGGGCCCGCUGGUUGAGAGGCAGCAGAGGUUUGAGCAGGACAUCGAGUUGAUCAACGACUGCCUGGACGAGCUGAUCAAAGAGGCGCUACUGACCCGGUCCGAGGAAGACAUCGAAACCCUGCAGAAGCGCGACUAUGAUGCUCUCGAGAACCCUUCCCUUCUCCGCUUCCUCGUCGACAUGCGAGGAGCCGAUGCGACUGAGAGGCAACUGCGAGAUGAUCUUAUGACGAUGAUGAUAGCGGGGCAUGAGACGACGGCUGCACUGUUGACUUGGACGACCUUCUGCCUCCUGACCAACCCGGAGGAGAUGAAGAAGGUGCAUCAGGAGAUCGAGGAUGUGCUGGGGGGGAGGAGAGCAACUUAUGAAGACAUUUUAAAGAUGGAGAAGACUCGUCUCGCUCUCGCAGAAGCCCUCAGGCUCUACCCCCAGCCCCCCAUUCUCAUCCGCCGAGCGCUGGAUGACGAUGUUCUCCCACUUGCCUGGGGUAACGAGAAGCAGGUGAAAGUCUUCCGGGGGACCGACAUCUUCAUGCUGGUUUGGAACCUCCAUCGCUCUCCCGUGCUGUGGGGAGACGACGCCGAUGCCUUCCGACCUGAUCGGUGGUUGUCCUCGCGGAGCAACCCAGACGUUCCCGGAUGGGAAGGAUACAAGCCGAACAUGAAGAAUCUUUACCCCAACGAGGUCUCGUCAGACUUUGCCUUCUGCCCCUUCGGUGCUGGCCCCCGCAAGUGCAUCGGCGAUCAAUUCGCGUUCCUCGAGUCAGUUGUGAUCUUGUCGAGAGUGCUGCAAGAGUUCGACAUCCAACUUGCUACCUCACCCGAAGAGGUGGGCAUGACGACGGGUGCGACCAUUCACACGGAGAAAGGGUUGAAAGUCUCCCUGCGCGCGAGGAAGAACGUGCCUGCAGCUUGA